AUGAGUUUAUUGACAGAUUCAAAUAUAGUGGCUUCAAUAACAAAUCCAGCAGUUAAGGCUCAAGAAAGUUCAGUUUCUGGUGGAUUUGACUUAUCAUCUGGUGCAAAUGCUUUAUCCAGUUUCGGCUCUGGUGUUAGUGCUGGAAUAUCAUCUGCUGGUGAUGAAAUCAGUUCGAAUUUCUAUUCAAACUUACACAUAGUAACAGAUUCUUCAAGUUUAGCAGCUGCGGUUUCAUCUGAUGCUUCUGGUGUUUCUCAUUUCGUGAGUAGUGUUGGUUCUGAUGUUUCAAGUGCUGGUUCUCAUAUUUCUAAAGCAGCAUCUUCAUCAGGUGUUCUUGGAGGUGGACUUGAUGACGACUCCUCCUCUUCUUCUGGAAAAUCAAGUUCUUCAUCAAAAAGUAAUGCUCAACAUUCCUACGGUAAUUCAUAUUUAAUAAAUCAAGAUAAGAAAAAUUGGAAGUUUGUUGUGAUACCAUUAAUGAUUUUAUUACCAUUAGCUCUAUGA